AUGGGCCCUGCGGGGGACACGGCGAGGCCCGGCCGCUUCUUCGGCGUCUACCUGCUCUACUGCCUGAACCCUCGGCACCGGGGCCGCGUCUACGUGGGCUUCACCGUCAACCCUGCUCGUCGGGUCCAGCAGCACAACGGCGGCCGCAAAAAAGGCGGGGCCUGGCGGACCAGCGGGCGCGGGCCCUGGGAGAUGGUGCUGCUCGUGCACGGCUUCCCCUCCGCCGUGGCCGCCCUUCGGUUCGAGUGGGCCUGGCAGCACCCGCACGCCUCGCGCCGCCUGACGCACGUGGGUCCGCGCCUGCGCAGCGAGGCGGCCUUCGCCUUCCACCUGCGCGUGCUCGCGCACAUGCUGCGCGCGCCGCCCUGGGCGCGCCUGCCGCUGACCGUGCGCUGGCCGCGCGCCGACUUCCGCCGAGAGCUGUGCCCGCCGCCGCCGCCGCACAUGCCGCUGGCCUUCGGGCCCCCGCCGGCCCGGGCCUCCGCGCGCGGCAGCCGCUCGGGUCCGUCGGCCGACGCCGCGGCUGUCUGCGCCCUGUGCGCGCGCUCCUUCCAGGAAGAGGAGGGCCCCCUGUGCUGCCCCCACCCCGGCUGCUGCCUCAGAGCCCACAUGAUCUGCCUAGCAGAGGAGUUCUUGCGAGAGGAGCCGGAGGAGCUUCUGCCUCUGGAGGGCCAGUGCCCUGGCUGUAAGAACUCCGUGCUGUGGGGAGACCUGAUCUGGCUGUGCCAGGUGGGCACCGAGGAGGAAGAGGAGGACCUGGAAUUAGAAGAGGAACACUGGACAGACAUGCUGGAGACCUGAUCCUCGGCGCCCCUCACCCUCUGCCCACUCCUUGUCUCUGGCUGGGUACUUUUUACUUGAGUACAAUAAAGAGUCUGAGUUAA